AAGUUAGAAAGAGCAAAAUAAUUAUCAUCAGCUGUAAUAAAAAAUGUCAUCUAUUGCGCAUGUGCCAUUUUGCCAAUUUCAUUUGUGCAUUGUUUUGCUGAUUCUUAUGCUUAGUCUGCCAUCACGCCUCUUGUGUCAGCAAACACGUCAGUUGCGUGAUAAACAAGCCAUUUUAAGUAAUAUUGUCCAUCGAAAUCCACAACGGGAGAAAUCUAACGCGACAAUGGAUAAAUUUGGAUUACCAAAACGUCUACAAGGCAGUAAACCUAGUGUUUGGAAUGAAUAUAUUGGAUUAGCGAUGAAGUAUAAGCCUUUAAAUUUAGGGCAAGGAUUUCCAGACGAACUUCCACCCUCCUAUGUUACAGAUGCUUUGGCGGAUAUUGCGAAAAGUGAUAAUCCCCUGUUGCAGCAGUACACACGUGGUUAUGGUCAUGUUAGGCUCGUACAAGCGUUAAGCAAACUUUACUCAAACUUAGUUGGACGCGAAGUAAAUCCUCUGAGCGAAAUUUUAGUCACAUCAGGCGCUUAUGAGGCGCUCUACUCCUCUAUAAUGGGUCAUGUAGAUGUUGGUGAUGAAGUAAUUAUCAUCGAGCCAUUUUUUGACUGUUAUGAACCAAUGGUGAAAAUGGCGGGUGGCGUACCACGCUUCAUAGCCCUAAAACCGAACAAAUCAAAUGGCACUAUCAGCUCUGCCGAUUGGGUUCUGGACGAUGCUGAACUUGAGCAGCUUUUUAACAAUAAGACGAAGAUGAUUAUACUCAACACACCACAUAAUCCUAUUGGCAAGGUAUUUCAUCGUGAUGAGUUAGAACGCAUUGCUGCGCUUUGUCGCAAAUGGAACGUUCUGUGCCUUUCCGAUGAAGUGUACGAAUGGAUGGUAUACGAUGAUGCAAAACAUAUUCGCAUUUGCACUUUGCCCGGCAUGUGGGAACGUACCAUCACAAUUGGUUCUGCAGGCAAAACAUUUUCGGUCACUGGCUGGAAAAUCGGCUGGGCCUAUGGGCCUGCCAAUCUAAUCACUAAUUUGCAAAUGGUACAUCAAAACUCAGUGUAUACUUGUCCAACGCCAAUACAGGAGGCGGUGGCAAGGGGCUUUGAAUUGGAAUUAGAACGACUGGGCUCUCCGGAAAGUUACUUCAACAGUUUGCCACAGGAAUUAAAGAUAAAGCGGAACUUUAUGGCAAAAUUCUUGGAAGAUGCUGGAUUGAAGCCUACUAUUCCAGAGGGUGGCUACUUCAUGUUGGCCGAUUGGAGUUCUUUGGGAAAUAAAAUUGAUUUAACUUCGGAGACAGACGAAUAUCGCGACUACAAAUUUACAAAGUGGAUGACGAAAAAUAUGGGUUUGCAAGGUAUACCGCCAAGUGCUUUCUACGGCGAGGCGCAUAAAAAGCUUGGUGAAAAUUUUGUACGUUAUUGCUUCAUCAAAAAACAGGAAAAUUUGGAAAAGGCAGCUAAUCUACUGAAGAAGUGGAAGUCGUAAAUGUGAUAAGAGAAUAAGGUGUUUGGAGAAUUGAAGUUAUAAAACUACUAACCAAGAAUUAAGUACAUUUAAUAAAAGAUGUUUAACCGGUUAGCAAAUUUGUAUUUGUACAUACCUAUACUUGUUAACUCUUAACGAGUGAAAAUAAUAAAUAUUUGCAAUUUUUUAA